ACUUUAGAAUUCUUAGAACUUCAUUGGGGCACGACAACUCAGUCUUGGUGAGCCACUUCUUUUGAAAAUAACACAAGCAUUGCUUAUUUUUUUGUUAAGGACUGUUUUGUCUUUUCAGUCAGUAUUUACCCAUUUGAAUGGAUGUUUUUAAAAUAUUGAAUUAGGUUUUUUCUUAUCCUUUUCCCUAAUUAAGAAAAUUCCUCCCUCAUGAAGUUUUAAUAUUUUUGUAUACCCAGCCAAUCGCAGACGCCUUGGUUUUGAGUUCAUUCUAUCUUCUCACUGCGCAACUUUUCUGCUUCAAAUCACUACGACAUCGUCUUCUUCUUCCAUCGUCUUAUUUUGCAGCUUGCCGGCCGGCAAGGCCAUCCAACAUAUUUCCAGUUAUCAACAGGAUGAAGGAAGGAAACAUAGAGCGAUCGAUUUUAGGGGAAACACACAAAAUGGGAAAUGGGAAAACCUAUUGCGUGACGGGGGCAACCGGUUACAUAGGAUCAUGGCUGGUCAAAUCCCUUCUCCAAAGAGGCUGCACUGUUCACGCCACUCUCCGGAAUCCUGAGAAGGCAUCCCAUUUUGUCAGUUUAUGGCAAGGGGAGGAUCGGCUGCGUCUAUUCACAGCUGAUUUACAGGAAGAUGGAAGUUUUGAUGAUGCAGUAAGAGGCUGCCAUGGCGUGUUUCAUGUUGCAGCUCCAAUGGAAUCGAUUAGGGUGCCGGCUAGUGCAGAUGCUGAAAACUAUGUUAAGACUGAGGUUGUGGAUCCAGCCGUCCGAGGGGCCCUAAACAUACUCAAAGCUUGUUUAAAAUCGGAUACCAGAAGGGUUGUUUUUACAUCGUCGAUUAGUACAAUGAGUGCAAAGGAUAGCUCUGGAAGAUGGUUACCAAUAGUAGACGAGCAUUGCCAAAUUCCCAUCCACGACGUUCUCAAGGCUAAAGCGAAUGGAUGGGCUUAUGUUCUGUCAAAGCUCUCGAGCGAAGAUGCUGCAUUCGAGUUUGCUGAGGAGAAUGGCAUUGAUCUUGUCUCUGUUAUUACGGCAACUGUAGGCGGUCCAUUCCUCACUCCUACUGUCCCUACAAGCAUUCAAUUUCUCCUUGCGCCGGUAACAGGCAGUCCUACAUUGUUCCCGUUGUUAGAAGCUGUGAACUCGAGAAUGGGAUCGAUUGCAAUGGUUCACAUCGAAGAUGUCUGCAAUGCACAUGUGUUUUUAAUGGAGAGAACCUGCGCGAAAGGGCGAUAUCUCUGCUGCGUCGAGAGCUGUUCAAUGUAUCGACUGGUUGAGCUCUUGAAAGCAGAGUCUUCUUUUCCUGUUGCUCUGAGGUUGGAGCAGGAUUCUUCGAGUCCUGUCGAGAUUUCUUCGAAGAAGAUUCGGGACUUGGGGUUUGAAUUCAAAUACAGUUGUCAAGACAUUGUUAAACAGACUCUGGACAAGUGUUUGGAGUUUGGAUUUCUACCACACUCUCGAGAAUGA